AUAAAUCACAGGACAAGAUGAAAAGAGGAAGACACGGUAAAGGAAAGAAAAGGGGAGUGUUUGAGACACUAAAAGGACAGCGAGAGGGAGACAAGAGGAGGGAGAAGCCAUUUCACAUCGUAUUUGUUUAGACUUGUCACAGCAUAUCAGAAGUUUGCUCUGAGAACACCUUCCACUCAGGCCUCUUGUGUGUCACUGGGAAAGCGACUAAGUCAACGUGUGUGUUUGUGAGUUAGUGAACAAGAUGCCCAGAAGGACUUUGUCAGUUCCGCAUCCCACCGGGGAUCCAACUCCAAGUAAUUUUGGAGAGAAAGACCCUCUCAAAUCAAAUGAAGACCCCCAUGCCGGAGCCCCCGAGGAGAAGGUGGAACUGCGGAAGAAGGUGACCCUGCUCAGGGGAAUCUCUAUCAUCACUGGGACGAUCAUUGGAGCGGGAAUAUUCAUUUCUCCAAAGGGAAUUCUGAAAAACUCAGGCAGCGUGGGAAUGUCACUGGUGGUGUGGAUUGCCUGUGGGAUUCUCUCUCUUUUCGGUGCUCUAUCAUAUGCUGAGCUGGGUACAAGUAUUAAAAAGUCUGGUGGCCAUUACACGUACAUUCUGGAGGCGUUUGGUCCGAAAAUGGCUUUUAUGAGAAUGUGGGUUGACAUGAUUGCCAUAAGACCUGCAGGUUUGGCUGUGAUCGCUCUGGCAUUUGGCCGCUAUAUCUUAGAGCCCCUCUUCAUGCCAUGUGGAGUUCCUGAAAUUGCCAUUAAAUUGGCCACAACAAUCGGACUCACUGCGGUAAUGUAUCUUAACAGCAUGAGUGUAAGCUGGACUGCCAGAAUCCAGAUCUUCCUCACAUUCACCAAGCUGCUCACUAUUGCCGUUAUCAUUGUUCCAGGAGUAUACCUACUUUUCAAAGGGCAGACCAAAAACUUUGAGAAUGCAUUUGAGGUCAGCACCGUACAUUUGUCAGGGCUUCCUCUCGCCUUCUACUCAGGGAUGUUCGCCUAUGCCGGCUGGUUUUACUUGAAUUUUGUGACUGAGGAGGUGGAGAAUCCUGAGAGGACGGUGCCUCUUGCCAUCUGCAUCUCCAUGGCGAUAGUAAUGAUCUGUUACACAAUGACAAACGUGGCAUAUUACACUGUGAUGUCAGCAGAAGAGCUGUUAGCCUCCGAUGCCGUAGCUGUGACUUUUGCAGAGAAACUGAUGGGAAACUUCUCUUUUGCAGUUCCAGUUUUUGUGGCUCUGUCUUGCUUUGGGUCCAUGAAUGGAUGCCUUUUUGCUAUCUCAAGAAUGUUCUAUGUGGCCUCUCGAGAAGGUCAGCUUCCUGAAGUUCUCGCCAUGAUUCACAUACGCCGACACACGCCAUUACCGGCUGUGAUAGUCCUGUAUCCAAUCACACUACUGAUCCUCUUCCUAGGGGACAUCUACAGCCUGCUGAACUUCAUGAGCUUCCUGCGCUGGUUGUUCAUCGGGGUUGCUGUCAUCGGCCUCAUCUACAUGCGCUACACACGCCCUGAUAUGCCCCGACCAUUUAAGGUCCCUAUUUUCAUCCCCGCUGUGUUCUCCCUCACCUGCUUCUUCAUGGUCUUCCUUUCUCUAUAUUCAGAUCCAAUUAAUACUGGUAUUGGCUUCGCCAUCUCUCUCACAGGCAUCCCUGCAUACUACAUAUUCAUCCACUGCGAAAGAAAACCCAAAUGGUUCCAGAAAUUCUCAGAUUAUGUGAACAGAUCACUACAAAUCAUCCUAGAAGUGGUUCCUGCCGAUCAAUGACCAUCAUCCUUUUUCUUUGUGCAUGUACAGUAUGUGCAUAGGCUAUACGGUAUCUGUUCAUUCAUUUAGUAUCUAGUACUGUAGUUCUCAGCUGGUGGGUCAUGACCAAAAAUGGGUUGCACAUGUGUGUUGACAGGAGAGAGAGAACAAUCCUAAAUGCAAAUAAUAGAAUGCAACUGAAGCUAAACCAGUUGAGACCUACUGCUGUCGUAUAUCCAAAAUGAAAAACAAUAUCUCAGAUGUCUCUGCUUCGGUCCACCCGAGAAAGAGACAUAACACUGUCAUUUCAACACAUUAUUCAAUUUUCAAUGCUAUGAAUCACCUAACGUGACAUAACAUAAAUUCCAUGCAUUUCACUGGUGAUUUUGGACCUUGUCCAACUUUCCUCUUCCACAUAUUCAAUUUGCACUGCUAUAUCUUUAUACACGUCAAUGUCACAGACGUCAUAACAAGUGAAACCACUGAGGUGCGACUCAAGAAUGGGCUCAGCCAGGGAUUUGGACAUGAUAACCUGUUUCACUCACCUCAGUGGCUGAGAUAUUUGAAAUUCUGUUAUACAGACAUGACUGUACCAACUGAAUAAUUGCUAUGUAGGGUAUUUGUAGGGUGUAGGGUCUCACAUACACUACAGUGAUAUUUCUGUAUAUGAUACACUGGAUAAUUUAUUUUUAUUGAUUAUAAUGCUGUUUUAUUGUACCAUGGAGAAUACCUCUACAGUGCACUGAUUCAAGUUGAUUAUCACUCCAGAAUUGUUUUUAAACUUAUUAACAAUUUACUUGCCCAUUCACCUUGAAAAAUGAAUGCUAUUUAUGAUCGGUUUACUCCCAAAUGAAUUGAUAGUUAUAAUUUGCACAUUAACAUUGUGCAUGUUUAAAUAAUGGAUCACCCACAACCUGAUAGGACACCAGCCUACUUGAUAAUGUCUGGGUUUAUUAAAUCAGCAUUAUGUAAUAUUAUUAUGACUGUUUCAGAGAAAAAGUGUUUGAGACACAUUUACAUUCACUGGUAUAAUUUUUGUACAACAUAUUUUAUAAAACUAUAUUGACUACUACAGUAAAAACAUUUUUGUAAAGCUGCAAGAAAACUUUGUAUGACCAGUUCUACCAAAUUAAAUAAAUCUACAUGUCUUGUU